CCUCCAGAGACUUACUCAGGAACGAAAGUUUUAUUGCUCAUUAUCUAGGCCCCUAAAGCUACCCAUAAAUGGAGGCUGCUGGUCUUGCUAUUGGUGUCGUCGGUCUGGCCUUGGCGCUGUGCGAUACCAUCCGGCAAGGAUACGAGGUGAUCGUCGAGGCACGAGGAGCCGUCGAGGGAGUCCAGACAGCACAGAUAUGGUUCAGAAUUGAACAGCAGAAAUUCGACAACUGGACCGUGCAGGUCGGUUUAGCCAGCAAUGAUACGCAGGAGUUCGACGUCAUUUGCCAGGGAAAUUCGAUGAUCAAGAGCCUCAUCGUGGAUAUCCUGGCCCAGAUGUCCAAUUUACUUACCAAGAGGGAGGACUUGGAAAAGAAAUAUGGACUCUGCAUACACCCCGCUGGAGACAAGAAAGUCGAGGACCUUGAGCCGGACCAUGACGUCUCGCUCCGUGAAGGGUCGGCGUUACAGGUAGCGAGCGCGUUGAUCCAGAAACGAGCAGAGUCGCUGCCGGAAUUCCAGAAGCGUAUCAGCAAGAUGGCAAAGGUGAAAUGGGCUGUGCGCGACAAGAAGAGAUUCAACGACUUUAUCGGCAGUCUUUCAGACUUCAAUGCGGCUCUCUGCGACAUUCUCCCACCCUCUCGCAGGAGUGCAUAUCAUCGCGCUCUCCAGCUAGAGCAACCCAGUGACAAUGAUCGGCUGCAGUUGAUCUCCAACCAUUCAGAGUGGGUGGAUAAGGAUUACGCGGCGGCUGCGAGGUUCAAGCAAUUGCACCUGCUACAGCAGCGGUCAACGUCCCCCACACCCGGCAAUGAGUUGCCUAAGCCUAUAAAAAUUCCAUUCAAUAACCUCGAAUCACGGGGCCCAACCAAGCAAAACCGCACCUUGGCUCAAAUCCAGCAAAAGGAUGGGACGACCACACACGUCCUAGUUGAAUUGAAAACCCUCACGGACCCGGACCCCCGGAUCAUCAGCACUCUCGAACGGCGCUUGAUGGAUCUCAUCGCCCUUCUUCAGGUGGCCCCCAAACCGAGCAAAUAUCGCGUGCUCGAUUGCCUAGGAUUCUUCACAACUCCCGGGCAAGACCAUCAAUAUGGCCUCAUCUUCGCACUCCCGGAAUUUACAGUCCCGGCUAGGAUUCCUGCCCCGCCGCUUCCUCGGGUAGAGACACUAUAUUCGUUCCUCCGCACAGCAGCGGACAACAAAGUCCCAGUCUGUUUCUGCCUCGAAGCCCGUUUCCGUCUCGCUGCGCUCCUAGCAAGCUCUGUAUCCAGCAUCCACGCCGCCGGAUGGCUCCACCACAACAUAAACUCCUCGAACAUCCUCUGUCUGCUACCCGAUGGCGAGGCUGAGGACUCUAUUGAGCGACCGUAUCUGAGCGGGUUCGGGUACGCCCGCGUAGACGAUCCCCGCGAGGUGUCGGAGGUCACGAACGAAAACGACAUCGACCGUCUCUAUCAGCAUCCAGACUAUCAAACGCCGCUGCACCCUAAUCACAAGUAUAGAAGGUCAUACGACUUCUAUAGCCUGGGAAUUGUGCUGAUUGAGAUUGGGCUGUGGAAGAGGAUCUCCUCGCUUCGGAGGCGGGGGUUAGAUGAGAGGGGGUUCGCGCAAGAUAUCCAACGGCGAUUGGUUCCGAUGUUGGGUUAUUAUAUGGGGGAACAGUAUCGGGAUGCGGUAGCAAGUUGUUUGGAUAGGACGAGACUCAAGGUGGGUGAUGAUGAGGAUAAGAGGCUUUCCGAGUCGUUUUCCCGCAAUGUUGUGCGUGUACUAGAGGAUUGCCAUGCUUGAUAGACAUACAUAGUUCCCUUU